GGUGAUUGUUUUUAGUUUGUUAGUUGCAGGGUGUGUUAUUUUAAGAAAGCAGAAGCAGCAUCAUUUGCACACUCUUUAGAGAACACACACCUUAACCCUGACUUUUUGGUUCGACUUUUGCAAAAGAAGUGAAGUCAAGAUGAAGAACCAUUUGCUUUUCUGGGGAGUUCUUGCCAUUUUUGUUAAGGCUGUUCUUGUGACAGCCCAAGAUGAAGAAGAGAGGACUGUUCUUGCUGACAACAAAUGUAAAUGUGCCCGUGUUACUACCAGGAUCAUCCGUUCUGCUGAAGAUCCUAAUGAGGACAUUGUGGAGAGAAAUAUUCGAAUUAUUGUUCCUUUCAACAACAGGGAGAAUAUCUCUGAUCCUACCUCACCGUUGAGAACCAAAUUUGUGUACCAUUUGUCUGAUCUCUGUAAAAAAUGUGAUCCCACAGAAGUGGAGCUGGAUAAUCAGGUGGUUACUGCCUCUCAGAGCAAUAUCUGUGAAGAAGACAGUGCUACAGAGACCUGCUACACUUAUGAUAGAAACAAGUGCUAUACAGCUAUGGUCCCACUUACAUAUGGUGGUAAGACCAAAAUGGUACAAACAGCUUUGACUCCAGAUUCCUGUUAUCCUGACUAAUUUAAGUCAUUGUUGACUGCACAACUUUUCUUGAGAGGCUCUCCAUUUUGAUCCAGAAAUUUAGUAUAUUUAUUGGCAAUAAAUUUGAAAUUAAGAUUUUUUUGGUGAUGUAAACCAAUUUUCCCUCAAAAUAACUGAAAUAAUAACAUUGUUAUUUUAUUAGGUAAUUACUUCUCAACUCUAAGUAUUAAAAUCAGUCAAUUAUCAUGAUUUUUCUGAAAGGAUAAAAAAUAGAUGAAGGGAGAAAAUAAAACUCGAAGACUAAAAAUAAAAAAUCAAGAGGCAUAAAUUAAAUGCCUUUCAUUGUUUUUGUUUUGUUUUUGCUUUGCCUUGGAGAGUCAGAGCUUUUGCACAUCCUAUUCUCUUUUUUAAAAGUUUCACUGUGUAGAGAAAAUACAUGUGUAAACAGAGGUCAUUUAUAUUGCCUUCAGUAGAAAAAUAAUUGGAAAACCAAUUAUUUAGAACCAGUUAUAAAAUAAUAUAAAACGCUAUCUCUAAGAUUGCUAAAAGUGAUAUAAUUAAAUGCAUCGUUGAAAAAUAUAUUUUGAGGGCUGGGGAUGAGACUCAGUGGCAGACUGCUUGCCUGUCAUGCAUGAGGCCCUCAGUACCACCUCAGUCCCACCAAAAAAAGAAAAGAAAAAUGUGUUCUGAUAUGACACAUAGACUUUGCAAGAGGUAAAACAAUUUUUCUUUUGUUGAUAAGAAAAUUUUUUUGACAAUCCGACUAGUGUAAGAAAUUCCCAUUAGAAAUCAUCUGUGUUGCAACUGAAUUUAAUGAAAUAUGUAUUCCAAAAUAUGUAUUCUCUAGUACAGUUUGAACAAUUAAAUAGAUUCAUAAGCAUG